AUACGAAUAUUUACAGCACACAAAGGAACACAGAGUCUUCUGGCAGACAGUAUGUGAAUGUGUUGUUGGAUCUCAGCGAAGAGGAUUGUAGCAGGGAAUACAACAUACACCUGCUUCAGAGCCGCACUGUCUGGGAAGACGCUGUGAGUCAAAUGAACAGGACUGAACCAGAUUCUAGAUGGCAAGAGUUGAAGGUUGGGUGAGAUUUCCUCCUCUUGGUGCAUUUCUUCAACCGCUAAGAAAGGGGAAAAAACUCAAGCAAGACACAAUAGAAUCUCACUGUCUCCUCUGUGCGGAUCUUAAUCUUUCUGAUCUGCCAAUCUACUGCUCAGCUGGAAAUGCUCUGCAAACUUUCAGAAAGACUGCCCCAACACUUCUGGAUCUUGUAAAGGAAACAAACAAUUCCUUUUCAGAUGAACUAUACUCUUUCAGCUUAUCUCUGCAAAAUAUGUCAGAGCCAUUAAUCAACAAAUUGCUGUCUGGAGAUGAACAGUGUAAACAAAACAAAUCACCAUCAGUCUGCCAUUACCAUAUAAAUCCGUGUCAGAUUCAGAGGGAAAAUAGAGUUGAUCUUAGCAUCAGAAGCUUAAGUGUGUUGCCGCCUGUCAAAGAGUCCAGAAACCAGAGGAACUACAGUCUUUUUAAAAGGGUGGAGCCAACAGAUUGCCAACAAGCAGAAGUUGUCACUAAGGCCAUGAUGCCCGAUGCUACCGGUGCUGUGACUGAUGGUAAAAGAUUGAGUGUCAGUGGUGACACAGGAAAUGUCUUCAAGGCCCUCAUAGACUUCAUCCCAGAAGAGAAUGGCUACAGGUUAAAAGGACCUCCCAGUACAAAGCAUUGGCUGUCCCAGGUCAACAAUCACCUGCCAUCUAUUUUUAACAUAACUUUUCAAAAUAAGUAUGAUUUACCCUCCAGUACAGUGUCAAAUACAUUACCCCAGUCUUCCUACCCCCUUGGAAGAAACCUCAGGCAGGAAGAAUUGACAAGGCCUUCCACCAGAAACAACAGCAGGUAUAGAUUGUAUUCUAGCCACAAAGCAAGAGAUCUGAAACAAAGUGAAGCUCAUCGACUAAUGCUGACUGGAACGGGAGUUCACAUGCACAUGUGA